AAAAAUUGAUAUUCAAAAAUACCACUUAAACUUUUUAUCUAUAAGAAAGUUCUUCAGAAAAUUUCAGUCAUCUUCCAUCAUUUAACGAAUUUUCAUCUAACAAAUUUAUUACAGAUAUUCAAUCAUCUCUUUUCAGCUUCGAUCAAAGUUGUUUUUAAAACCUUUUAAAAUGAAUUUUGGAUCACUUGCUAAUUUUGCUGGUCAAUUAGCUUCUAAUUACAAUCCAAACAACAACAAUAACAACACCAACAACAACAACAACAACAACAAUGUCAGCUCUAAUAAUAAAAGUCAAAAUAACAACACUUCUCAACAAACAGGUCUAGCAAUUGACACUUUGCUUUCUCUUUUACCGCAGGAACAACAAAAAACGCAAAAAGAUAAAGUUUUUGAUGCAAUUGGUCCACUUGUUAAAGCUAUGAGUCCAAAAUGGGGUGACGUCAUAAUAGGAAUUCUUAAAAACGUUGAAUUUUCAAAACUUCUUCCACUUGCGCAAGAUACAAAAGAGCUAGAAAAAGUAGUUAAAGAAGAAGAAUUGAAACUUGAAAAAAACGAAAAAAUGUCGGAAAAAUCAAUAGAGCUUCGAGAAUCUGAGCUUCAAAAAGAGUUACUUGAGUUGAAGGAAGCAAGACUUAAAAAAGAGUUAGAAGAAUUAAGAGCUCAAAAAAACUUAUAGAGUAUUUUUAUAGUUCACAAAAGAAGAACAAUGUUUAUUAAAAAUAUAACUAGGUAGAAUUCAAACUAAAUAUUUAAUUUAAAAAAGUGUAUAAGUAUAAAGUAUACAAAUAGUAAGGAACAA